GAUGAGUCAAUAUUUGUUUGGUGGUAAAAAGUUAUGACUGUUUUACGAGAGUGGGUUCGGUAGAACAGGUAAUGGCAGUGGGAGAUUGUUGCACCUGUCACCUGUCUCCUACGGAUUGUGCCUCCUGUGGAAAGUAAUUCAGUGUUUGCGCGGGCAACGAAAUGACGUGUUCGUAGUGGAGAGAAUUUCUUAACAGAAAACAGGAUGAGAAAACAGUCCUGCGCAUUCCAAGAAACAGUAUGAUUAUCGUUGUCAACCAGGGUUGUUAUAACUUUCAACCACGAGGCACUGAAAAGGGAUAAUAAAAAUCCAAUUAGAAAUUUUCAAGUAUGAGAAUAAUUUUACAAUUUUUUUCUCGUGUUACUUCGCAUGAAGACCACAUGGUCGAUGUAUCAACAUUAACAUCAAAACACCUGCGAUGAUAUAAACGUGUAUUUUGUUUUUCGUUAUAUUUGGAAAAAAAGUUAAUCAACGAAGGCAAAUCAAUGUCGAUAUAUUCGUCAUGUACAAAUAUUUAAAAUUUCGUAGUUUACUCUUCAAAAUAUUUGUCAUCAGUUUGAUCGUUCUUACUUUCUACGCCUACUACUGGAAGACAAUCGAUCAAGUAGUGCACCAAAAUGCAUUUUUUCACAGUAAUCGUCCAUUCUCAUCUUCGGAUGCAUCGCACGAAUAUAACCGGAACGAUUCACAAAAUUUGGCAACAUUUAAAAAUACCAUUAUAGAAACAUCGGCUCUAAGUUCAAAUGUGUCGCACAAUCCAACAAAUUUAUCAACCGCUAUUGUAAUGGUCUCAACGUCCUCCAAUUCACAAAUUUCGUCUUCCUCGAAUAUAUCAAAACUCCCAGAAAAUGUCAAGUCAAAAAUAAUGCGAGAAUUAAUCAAAACAACAAUUACAACGACAAGUAAUUCGUCAAUAAAUUCAAAUUUAAUACGUGCCAUGUAUAAAUCAGGUCAUUCAAUAUCAAUUCCCGAACAAUGUCCUGAAUUUGGUGAGAAAAUGAAUUUAGCAAUAAUAAUAAUGUCAGCGCCAAGAAAUAAUAAAUCACGAACGGCAAUAAGACAAACGUGGGGACAUUAUGGUCAGAGAAAUGACAUUAGCAUACUUUUCAUUAUCGGCACAACUUUCAAUAAGGAGAUCGAAGAAAGUCUUCAUCGCGAGCAAACUAUGUAUGGCGAUAUUAUUCGCGGCAAUUUCAUUGAUUCAUAUUCAAAUUUAACAUUCAAGACAAUUUCAAUUUUAGAAUGGAUUAAUCUUUAUUGUCGUAAGGUGAAUUUUAUUCUAAAGACUGAUGACGAUAUGUUUAUUAAUGUCCCGCGUUUAUUAUUAUUUUUAACGAAACAUCAACGUGAGAAAAAUAUUAUAUUUGGCCGCUUAGCAAAAAAUUGGAAGCCAAUACGUAAUAAAAAAAAUAAAUAUUACGUCUCAAUGGAACAAUAUAAAUUGCCCGUUUUUCCCGAUUUCACCACUGGUCCAGCGUAUUUAUUUUCAAAAGAUAUUGUACCAAAUCUUUACGAGGGAGCUUUAAAUCAAACAUUUCUUCCUCUCGAGGAUGUAUUUAUCACUGGAAUUGUUGCUCAAUCACUUGGAAUCAAACGUGUACAAGCACAGGGAUUUUUAAAUACACGAAUUUCCUAUGCCCCAUGUAAUGUACAAAAGGGCAUUAGCAUUCAUAAGGUCCGUUAUGGCGAGCAAUUUGAUCUUUGGAAAAAAUUAUUGGACGGCAAGAGUAAUUGUAAAUUAUAACCACUGAGAAGGGUUCGCUCCAUGGACCCAAAUUUGAACAUCAUUAGUUUUCUAUCACUCGACAUGAAAAGCAUUCUCAGUUGAUACAAACAUUGUCAUUGUGUUUAUCGCAAUGCAUUCUAAAAAAAAAAAAAAUAAUAAUCAAACUGAAAAUGUUUUUCUCCAAAAAAAUACAAUUUCAACAUAUAUUUCUAUUUAACUAGAUUAGAAAUUUUUUGACGAUAGUUAAAAUACUUGAAAAUAUUUGGAAAGAAAAAUAAUUUCCCUUUGCACUUGAGCAAACAAAAAAAAGAACAUUGCCUUUAGAUAAUAAAUUUACUAUCACGUAUUUCAACUUUAAUAUUCUUUAAUAAUUAAUAGAAAACUAGUUUAUAAAUUUGACAAUCUUUCCCUUUACUUCAAAAUAAUAUUUCAUUUAUAUUUACAUCUCAUUAGAGUAUUAUUUUCGUUACAUAUCAACACAGACAGUGUUAUUGUUUAAAACGCACAGACUAUUAUUCAUUCAAAGCCAUGACAAUUUUAAUUGAUUGAGUUAAUUUAAUCAUCAUUCUAAUUAGUUUGAUUCAUAAUUUUUAUUUAUUGACAAAUUAGUUUGAUUAAUUUAUUUAUUAACUAAUUAAUCCAAUUAAAAAAGCGUAUAUAGUGAAAAGUAAUUAUAAUGUAGGAAAAAAGAAGCAAAAUUGUCAAAAAAAAAAAAGAUAAAAGAAAUUUUUAAGAAAUAAACUGACUGGAGAAGUCUGACAAUUCUUUUCCUAUUUAGACAUGAUAAAAAACAAAUUAUCAGACUGUUAUGUUACCGUGAUUACGGUUGAGUGCCUCGAUAGAAAAAAAACCAUAUUGUAAUGAAUUAGUAGAAAAUAAGUGACCUGUACUUAAUUUAGUCACGCUUUUUAACUCCAUAAUGUCGAAAAAUGAUUCUUUUCAUUUAUUAUUAUUAAUAUUGAUAAUAAACUAAUUACUAUUAAUAAUUUAAUUAAAGGAGAUAAUUAAUAGUAAUUAAUUGAUAUUGAUAUAAUACAAUUUGUUGAAAUUCUACAUUAUGAAAGUUGAAAUGAUCUUUGAUGUUAACGAGUUAAAAUACGAAUUAAAUGUUGAACGUAACAUUUCUUUUAAUACGACGCUUUAAUGUACUUAAUUUUAUUAUUGAUUUCAAUU